UGAUCUCCGUCACAGUAUAGCUUGUAAACAAAAUAAAAAUAGAUUUGUCAAAUUCGUUUUUCCUAAGCCAGCAAAAAGUUAGGAAAGGCGAGAAAAUAAUUUGUUAUAUAAAUCCAGAAAGUGAAAAUCGGUUUUCUAUAUUAUGGAUGUGGUGCAAUCAAGUUACAUUCCAACCGCAGAUCCUCGGCUGAUAGAUCAAAUCGUUUACGAAUUAAAGUCUCAAGGCAUUUUUGAUCAAUUUCGUAAAGAAUGCAUUGCCGAUGUAGACACGAAACCAGCUUAUCAAAAUUUGAGGCAAAGAGUAGAAGGAAAUGUUAUAAAAUUUUUACGUCAACAGAGAUGGAGUCAAGACAUAAACAAAAAUCAACUUCGCGAACAAUUACGGAAAAAUAUUUCCGAGUCUGGAUAUUUGGAGACAGGUGUCGAGCGCAUUGUAGAUCAAGUUGUCAACCCUAAGAUAAAUUCUGUUUUUCUACCUAAAGUUGAAGAUGUUGUUUAUAGAUUUCUUGGUCUUCAGAAACCAAAUCGAGAAUCCAAAAAGGAAAUCAAAGUUACUGUUAUGGAUUUGUUACCCAAUGACUUGGAAGCUGUUUCUCCUGAGUCUGAACAUGACCUUUCAUCUGAACAAAAGGAGGAUGCUGCGGAACUUAAUGAAAAGUCUAAUAAUUCGGAUAUCAAAAUGGACGAAGAUGUAAGCCCUGCAUUUGAGCCAUUAAAUAGUCCAACUGCAUAUUCUCCCAGAGAUGAAAAUUCGGUGGAGUCCCAUCUAUCUUGCAUUUCAGCAAGUCGUGAUUCCAUUAAUAGUAAUAUGGGUAGAUCAUCAAAUCAGAUUGACACUUCACAGAAUAGUACAGAGAGUCAAUCUUCACUAACAUUUGAUGAUAAUUCAAAAAUGGAAGUUUGUGAAAGUGUUGAAGAUGAAUCAACAAAGAUAGCUGUCCCUAAUAAAGACGACAUUGAUGGCAGAGAUGCUAAAAAUAUAUCUGAUAUUUGUGAGGAAGUUGAAGUUUUAAUGGAUGGAAAAUUCACAAAAACUGAUGAAAAGUCCAAGUUUGAAGUUAAAGCUAUAAGUAACAAGGAAAGGCAAGAAGAAAUGGAAAGAAAAAGUAGUAGCAAGUACAGAGGUUACAAAACAAGUUCCAAACACAGCAACAGUUCAUCUAAAGAUAAGAAUAAAAAUACUUCGAAACCAAAAAAGCUCAGGGAGGAUUUGAAGGAUGGAAAAGAUAAAGAUCGAAGUAAAGAUAAAGAGAAGGCAAAAGAUAAAUCACAGAGGGACAGAGAAGGAAAAGACAAAGAAAGUAAGGAUAAAAGUGAAAAAGACAAAAGUAGAAUUUAUGUUAGUAGUAGACAUAAGGAAAAAUCACAUUCAUCAAGGAAAGAUGGUGAAAACCAAGGGAAAACCUCCAGUACCUCAAAUAAAGGCAAGAAGGUUUCAAUUAAAGAGUUGGAAAGCGGUGACAAAAAUUCAUUAUCUAGAAGUAAUGAUUCAAAUUUGAAAAUUAGUGAAGGAUCUGCAAGUGAUAAAGAUAAGAAUGGUAAAAAUAAAAACUCAUCCUCGAGAGAUAAGAACUUGUCUUCUAAAGAAAAAACCAAGGAAAAAAUGACAACAAAAGAAAGAGACACCAAAUCUAAGGAGUCAAUCAAGAAAGAUAAAGAUGGUUCAAGUAAAAGCAAAGACAUAUUAAAUAUGGAACAGAAUAGAAUUGACAAAAGUAAAUCCAGCAAGGAUAAAACAUCUUCAAAAGAUAGGGAACUAGGAAAAGAUAAAGUUAAAGAUAAUGAUACUAGAUCUACAGAGAAAAUAAAAGAUAAAUGUAAGGAAAGUAAGUCAACAGAUGGUAAAGUUAAAAACAGUGAAAAGUCUAGGAAAAUUGUAAAAGAGAAGUCAUCAUCGGGCACUAACCAUAAAAAUUCACCAUCUAAAAAAGACAAAGACAAGAAGCCAAAAGAUGAUCAUUACAGCUCCAAAGAAAAGAAGAAUGACAGACGAUCAACUGAUAGAGAUUCAAAUGAUGGUUCAGGAAAAAUGGGCAGAAAUAGUUCAUUUGCUGAAAGUAAUAGUACAACUUACAAAGCAGAUAGUAAAAAUUCUUCAUUGUUUCUUAGUAGUGGAAGUGGAGAUUCAAGUAAUUCUGACCAAGUUGAGGCAGUGUCAAGUAGCAGUAAACAUGUUUACAAUAAGGUUGAGCCUGUAAAGUACUUUAAGCCAAAAUUUGCAUCAAACAUACGUGAAGCAAUGCAUUUAAUGAAAAUUCGUAAACAGUUGGCAGAAUUAGAAAGAACUAAUCAACUGGCUUUGCUAACAAUCAAUCAAAGCAAUAUCUCUAGUGAUAAGCCAGAUGACAAGAUCGAAGGACCAGAUGAUAUGGAACUUAACCAAGAUAUAAAAGAAGUUGGCAACGAACCACUAUUACAAAGUACAGAAUUGACUAAAGAACGCUGGGAGGAGUUAGAGGCUAGACUAGCUUUAGAAAUGUCCAAUGUAAUAUCCAGUGUUUAUGAAGCUGAAGGAGAAGAAGAUAACCAAGUGUAUGACACAGUAGUAGUAAGUCCAAAGAAAAUGCAUAAGGGAUCCGAAACCAAGCACUUGUGUUCUCUGGAAGAUGACAAAAAUAAUUCUUUUGCAUUAACUGACGACACGAGCGAGAUGGUUGUUAACAUUAAAACAAUCUCAAUAGAUGGCACCUCAGUAGAAGGAAAGGAGAAUGGUGGUAGCGCUAAAGUGCACAUCAGCAAUGCAGAUGAUAUAAAAGAUUUUAAGGAAAAUUUGUCCUCCAAAUGUGAUGUAAAUAGUAAGAUUUUGUUUGUAAAGAUUGAUAAAAUUGGUGAAGCCUCUAUCAUAUCUGAUUCUCAACUUGAAGAUCAUGAAGAGAUGGAAAGGAAGAUUUUAAUGGCAGCUAAAGAUUUUAUAAGUCUAUCUAAUGGACAUAAUAAUGGUCAAUUGCUUGUAAAAAAUUCAAAUGAAAUCAGAAAAUGGGAGGAUGAUGAUAGUCCAUGUUUGUACUUUAAACCAAGUAUUGCGUCCCAGAAACAAUUGCAGAAGUUGAAUGGAUUAAUAACAAAAUUAGAGAAAUCAAUUCAGGAAGAAUCAUUAAAGAUUCAGAAUAAUAUACCUAGAAUUAGAAGGGGUGACAGGAAGAGAAAGACAGAAAAUAUUACAAAUAACAACAAACUGAACAAUGCUCUUAAUUUAGAUGUUAAAAGAAGACGCUUUAAUUCUAUAGAAGUUAAAAAGCAUAAAUUGAAUGAACGUCAAAAUGGACUGACUUUUCUUGUAGAUGGAACACAGGAUCAUAAAUUUUGUUUACCAUUAAGUCCCGAUGAUAGUGACAUAGACAUUAAGAAAGAGGAACCAGUCACUGUCAAAACCAAAAAGGGAUACAGAAGAACUUUCGAUAACAAAAGAUAUAAUAAUGAAGAUCUUUACAAACCGAGACCCAUUCUAACACGCACUAGAAGAGGCCAAGGUGCAAGAAAUGAUAGUUCAUAAAUUUACUUGUAUAUAAGAAUAAAAUAUUUAUAUUUUUUAUAAAUGUUAAUAAAGUAAA